AUGGUAGCUCAAAUGGAGAAGCAGCACGUUCUUCUGACAGGCGCCAAUGGUUUUACUGCAUCUCACAUUUUAUCUAUUUUACUUGAGCGUGGAUACGCCAUUACUGCAACCUUCCCUGACUUUACUGGACAACAACCAUUCGAUGAAGUGUUCCGGAAUGCGGAAGUGCCUUUCGCCUUCGUAAUUCACACAGCGUCACCGAUCACGCUUCAGGCGGAAGACAUGCAGAAGCGUGUAAUUGAGACUGCUGUAGUUGGAGUCAUUGAGAUCCUCAGGAGUGCUCACCGAUAUGGUGGAACGGACCUGAAGCGGUUCGUCCUUUUGAGUAGUGCUGGCACAGUCUUGAACUCCUUUGAGGAUAUCGCGCGGCCGGGGUCUCCAUACACAGAGGAGGACUGGAACCCUGUAACUGCACAACAGGCAUUGGAGCGUCGCGAUGGCGUCUUAGGGUACUUAGUCUCUAAGGUGCAGGCGGAAAGAGCAGCAUGGGAGUUUAUGAAAAUGAACUCACCUGCCUUUGAUCUCACAGUUAUGGACCCUCACCUCAUCACGGGACCGAUGAUGUACCCGAUCUCGGGUAUGAGCUCUAUCAAUGCAACGAAUUAUUUUGUGUUUGCGAAUCUUAUCGACGGCGUCUACAAAGACGGCCCCGAGGAUGUGCGCUUUCCGUUUUACCACUUUGUUGAUGUCCGUGAUGUCGCCAGAAGCCAUGUAGAUGCUCUGACGAACCCUGCAGCAGCGAGCCAACGGGUUCUUCUUGUUUCUGAACGCAUGACUCCUCAACUAGUAGCCAAUAUUAUUCGGAAACAUUUCCCGUCCCUCAGGGAAAGGGUACCGGAAGGCAAUCCUGCACAAACUCUGUCAUAUGGGGUCCAUCCAACCGGGUGGGAUACGCGCAUUAGCCAGGAUAUUUUGGCGACGGGAUCUGUCGAUGGACAAUGGAGCUAA